AUGUCUGCCUCGCGCCCCGACAUUGUCGGCUCCGACAGCGGUCCCGAACUCCCCUACCCGCUACAGAUGGAGGGCAAAGUCAUUGCCGGCUUCGGCCGCGGAUCCAAAGAGCUCGGCAUCCCCACCGCAAACCUCCCCGUCGACGCCUCCCUCACCUCCUGGAUCGCCGACACCCCCUCGGGCGUCUACUUUGGCUACGCCUCCCUGGCCCUGCCCGCCGACCACCCCGACCGGCCCGCCGACGACGCCGGCUUCGCCCUCUUCCCCAUGGUCAUGUCCAUCGGCUACAAUCCUUUUUACAAAAACACGGUGCGUAGCGCAGAGGUCCAUGUCCUCCACCCCUUCUCCGCCGACUUCUACAACGCCCACAUGCGCCUCCUCAUCCUCGGCUUCAUCCGCCCCGAAAAGGACUAUAAGAGCCUCGAUGCCCUCGUCGACGACAUCAAGUUCGACUGCGACGUCGCCGCAAAGAGCCUCGCCAGAGACGCCUGGAAACCCGCCUCGGCUUCGGCUCAGGGCGCCGAGUGGCUGGCCAGGCCGCUGUGA